AUGCUGAUGUGGCUCCAUCUUACUCAAGAAAAAAACACACCGAUCGGCUCUUCCCACGGCAGGCUGGCUUUCUCCGGCGACGAGGAAAACCCAAACGACCCUUUCCUCUUCUGCCCGUUUUCCGAUACCCGAAUCCGUCUCCCAAGAAUCCAUUCUCAGCUCGACAAGAUCGUCCUGUGCGGCAACCCAGCGCACGACCCCAACUUCACGGCCUUAGCCAUCCACGGGUCCCACGUGGCCUUCUGCAAGCCCGGCACGGGCCGGACAUGGUCCCGUCUCGACUCCGAUAUCCCGACGGCCUACGACAUCAUCUGCUGUGAUGCAACCAAGACUGCUUUCAUUCUGGGCCCGGGGCCCGCCAUCGAGGCAUGGGACGUGGGCCUGUCCGCGCCGUGCAAGAAGUCCGAGAUUCUGGAAGAUUUCUGCCCGGAGGCACUGGCGAGGGCCGGGGAGAGGUACCCGAGCGACCUGUACACGACGAGGUGGUACCUUGGCCGGGCCGAACACGGGUCGUCGGAGCCGGGGAAGCUGUACAUUGUGGUGAGGUACGUGGGAGAGUUUGUGAGGCACGACGGGGAGGUGGUGCGUGAGGGGGACACGCUCACGGACGAUGCGGCCGAGCCGUUGGUGUGCCCUUACAAGACGGUGGGUUUCGAGGUGUUUAAGUACAGUGAUUGCGAGGGGAAGUGGGUUGUGGCGGGGGAUUUGGAGGGAAGGGCCAUGUUUUUGGGAGGGAAUCAGACGAUAAUGGUGGAGGAGGGGGAGAAGGGCCGCCGGGGUUUGAUGAAGGAUGCGAUUUAUUUUACGGAGGGGGAGAAGGGCCGCCGGGGUUUGAUGAAGGAUGCGAUUUAUUUUACGGACGAUUAUUGGGAGAGGUUGGACGAGGAUUACUGUUAUGGAGGGCAUGAUAAUGGGGUUUAUAGUAUGGAGGAUGGGAGUGUACACGAGCUUGUUGAAGGUUUAGAGCAAAAGAUUGUCCCGCCGCCAUGUUGGAUUACUGCUCCUGCAUCAUCUCCUUCAUUUUAUGUCUAG